CUUUGAGUAAAUUUCACCGACGUCUGUUAUGGAAGAUGUCAGCCGUAACAGGGGCGAUGUUAGCUGCGUCAAAGUCAACAUUAUUGACCCUCGCGAGGACGCCGGGUAUCCUGAAGAGUCGCGGCGUGUCUGAGCAACUGCAGCGGCUCGCUCAACCCGCUCUGCUCCGGUAUACAGCCGGCCUCCGGUGCUAUAGCAGUGCCGUCCAGGAGAAGACAGGCGGCUCAUCUGAGGAUGUCCAUUUAACAGAGUCAUGCGUAAAGAGACUUGGGGAGAUCAUGGAGAAAGGCGAGUACCUGAGGAUCCAUGUGGAGGGAGGAGGCUGCUCUGGAUUUCAGUAUAAGUUCUCUGUCGACAGCACCAGGAAUGAAGACGACAGAGUGUUUGAGCAGGGAGGAGUGGGGGUGAUCGUGGACCAGGACAGUCUGGAGUUUGUGAAAGGAGCCACUGUGGACUUCAGUCAGGAACUGAUCCGCUCCGCCUUCCAGGUGCUGAAGAACCCUCAGGCGGAUCACGGCUGCUCGUGCGGCAGCUCCUUCUCCGUCAAACUAUGAUCCCUGACCACUGCGUCGGCUUCAACCAUCACUAUCAUUCAGCAGCUCUUUAGGAGCGUUCAUACAACUAAUAAUGAAUAACAGUAAAAUCACAAACAUACCACAUGAAGUGUUGACCCCCAGUCUUCUGUUACACUGGGUUAUCCUGAACAUCUAGAAGCUGUUGGAUUAAAUCAUUAGCCUGUUUUUCUGCUUUUUUUGGAGGUGUUAAAUUACUUGAAUGGAUCGGUGUGUUACGGCGAGGGAUGGUAAAUAAUGCUCUUUGACAGCUCGGAGCAUUCAACUCUGUUUAGAUGUAAUCAGAUUGAGAAACACAAAGGCUCACCUGAUGUGAGAUUGAGAUUAUUCUGUGCUUAGAUUGAACUUUGCAUGUAAGAUAUGUAAAUAAACUACAGAUGAACUUGUGAGGUAUAUAUUUGUGUCAUUUUGAAUAAAUUAUGUGAAUU